UUCGCUUUCAAGAAUUGUUAUAAUAAAGGGGAAGUAAAUGGAGUGACUGAAGAUGGGAGAGGAAGAGAAAGAGAAGACGCAGAUAUAUCACGAGAGGCAAAAAUUGCAAUUCUGCCUCUUGCACUCACUCAACAAUCUUUUCCAGGACAAGGACGCAUUCACUCGUGAAUUUUUGAAUGCCACUGCUGAAAGACUCGUUCUCGAUGAUCCAAACAAUGCAACCUGGACACCUUUAUCUGUUAUCUUCAAGCCUCAUCAUAAUGCACUUACAGGGAACUAUGAUAUAAAUGUUCUAAUUGCAGCACUUAAAGGAAAAGGUAAAAGGGUAGUAUGGCAUGAUCGGCGUAAUGGAGCUUCGGGCAUUGAUCUUGAUGGGCCUGAUGAUAAACUAAUGGGUAUUGUGCUGAACAUUCGAGUGAGAAAGUACGGUGGGAUGUGGAGAAGUAGGCAUUGGGUUGCUUUGAGAAGGAUCCAUGGGGUUUGGUAUAAUUUGGAUAGUGAUUUUACUGGUCCUUAUGCUUUUAAAGAUACAGAAGAAGUUAGGGUGUGUUUGGAUAGACGGGGAGAAAAGAAAAAAAAGGAUAGUAUUAGUUACGGGAGAAAAGAAAAGAAAAAAAAUGCUAGUAAUAAUUUCUAUUUGUAUUUGGAUAGAUAGGGGAGAAAAUAAAAGAAAUGAUAAUUAUUCUUGUUUGGAUAAGAUAGAUGGGAGAAAAGAAAAGAAAGGAUAGUAGACAAAUUAUUUUUUUACCUUUUCAUAACCAUAGGACUUGAAUGGAAUAAUAAAUCUGUAUAUUGAUUUGUAGAGGCUAAUUUUGGUAUUAUCAAAAUACCACUUUAAAUCACUAUGCUUUCUCUCCCUUUCUCUCCCUAUGUUCUCAAAAUUGGAGAGAAAGCAAAUAAGAGAUGAGGGAUAGCUCCUUAUCUCUCCCUAUCCCUCCACUUAACUUACCCAAACACAAACUUACACUAUCCUCUAUUUUCUUUUCUCUCCCUAUCCCUCCAAAUCAACCCUACCAAACACACCCUUAGGGAGUUCUUGGAGUACAUCAUUUCGGGUGGCGCAGAGGUUUUGCUUGUCAUGAAUGAUGAACAGUGAGGUUUCUUUUUUAGGUUGUGGCUGCCUUAGGACUUCUAGGUACGCAUAUUUCCAAGCUAGCAAUUGUAUCAUACCAGUUUGCGAAGCAACUUCAUUACAGAAUUUAGUUUCUUUUGAAUGUUCUCUUUUUAAGGUGAAUGAUGGAUGCUGAUUUUGAGCUUUCGGUUUGACCUGAUUACAGUUUACCGUGAGUAUAUGAAUUUGACUUGCAUUUGAAUUUUGUAAGUCAUGCUUUCUGAUGAUAUGUAAAAUAAGAGAUACUCCAUUGCAAGCUAAUUGUUGAUCGACCAUAAUUCUUGUAUGCUAAUGUAACGUUACAGGUUUUUCCGAUUUUCUAAUUUUUAGAAUUUAUUUGAUUUUUCUGGACUCGGGUAUUUCUUCCAGUUAUUCUCAUCCUAGGUGAGGGGUGUUAUUGACAUUUCACAUGGGUGUGUGUAUUUAUAUACAUGUAUGUAUGUUGUAUUAAUGGUAUUAUAUGGAGGGUGGUAUUUUAUGGCAAGGUUGAGGUUAUAAAGAAGUUCAAGGUGCAUUUUCGUCA